AUGUUUGGCUCGCGCUACUAUGGCCUCAAGGGCACUCCCCUCAGCAUUGCUAUUGGCAUCAUCGCUGGCAUGGACUUCCUGCUCUUUGGAUACGAUCAGGGUGUUAUGGGAGGCCUCCUGACGCUACCCGAAUUCACGCGCACCUUUCCCUCCAUCGACACGACCACCGUUUCUGGUAGCAGUCCCAAAGCCACACGUCAAGGAAUCGCCAUCGGGUCCUACAACCUGGGAUGUUUCGUCGGAGCAGUCAUCACCAUCUGGCUGGGCCAAUACCUGGGACGUCGGAGGACCAUCUUCGUCGGAUCUGCCAUCAUGAUCGUGGGAGCUAUCCUGCAGUGCUCUGCCUUCGGCCUCGCCCAGCUCAUCGUGGGAAGGAUUAUCACCGGGCUUGGAAAUGGUCUCAACACGUCUACCGUCCCUACAUGGCAGAGCGAGACUUCCAAAGCGCAUAAACGCGGCCAGAUGGUCAUGAUUGAGGGUGCUCUCAUUACUGGCGGUAUCAUGAUCAGGUAGGACUGCCAAGAUGGCAAGCGCGGAACGGCACUGAUCGAAUCGUACAGUUACUGGAUCGACUUUGGCCUUUCCUUCGCCCCCGGCUCCGUCGCAUGGCGAUUCCCAAUCGCUUUCCAGAUCUUCUUCGCACUCAUCAUUGUUGCCACCAUUCUCCGCCUGCCCGAGUCUCCACGUUGGCUCAUUCUGAAAGGACGUGAGAACGAGGCCAUCACCGUGCUUGCCGCCCUCAGUGAUCUGCCCGAGGAAGAUGCCGUCAUUCAAAGCGAGUUUGCCGCUAUCAAGGACUCCGUGAUCGAGGCAUCCCAGGGAACGUUUGCGGAAGUCUUCACAAUGGGCAAAGACCGCAACUUCCAUCGUGCCGCUCUUGGAUAUGUCAACCAGAUGUUCCAGCAGAUCUCUGGUACGUUGAGACUUCAUCACCCCCGUUGUCGUGGUGAGUGUUACUGAUGGCCAGCAGGUAUAAAUCUCAUCACAUACUACGCAGCGACCAUCUACGAGAACAACAUUGGACUCUCGCCCUUCCUGUCCCGUAUCUUGGCGGCUUGUAACGGCACCGAGUACUUCCUGGCGUCCUGGAUCCCAGUCUUUACCAUCGAGAAGAUCGGACGUCGACCUCUCAUGUUGUUCGGUGCUGCUGGCAUGUCGCUCUCCAUGGUCGUCCUCGCCAUCACGACAUCGUUCAGGAACAACAAUGCGGCUGGGGUCGUCGCGGCCGUUUUCCUCUUCAUCUUCAACACUUUCUUCGCCAUUGGUUGGCUCGGUAUGACCUGGUUGUACCCCUCCGAAAUCGUGCCCCUUCGAAUUCGUGCGCCCUCAAGCGCCCUGUCGACGAGCGCCAACUGGAUCUUCAACUUCAUGGUCGUGAUGGUAAGCUUUGAACCCCUGUCGCCACACGACAAGCAAGACUAACAACAGUGACCCACCAGAUCACCCCCAUCGCGUUCGCCAACAUCCAAUACCAGACUUACAUCAUCUUCGCCGUCAUCAACGCUUUCAUCUUCCCGUGCGUCUACUUCUUCUACCCCGAAACCGCCUACCGCUCCCUCGAAGAAAUGGACGAGAUUUUCCACAAGACGACCAGUGUUUUCGACGUUGUGCGGAUUGCUCGUCCUGAGAACACGCCGAAUCGCUUCGAUAGGAAUGGAAACUUGCUCGUCAAUUACUUGGAAACCGAAGAGCACCGGCGUCGCAGCAGCAGUGUGGUUGCGCCCGGUGGCAAGGGUAUGGUGACUGUCGUCGAGGACAAGGAUCGCUCCAGCCAUAACGAGGGGUACAUGGUGGAGGGUGGUUUCGGGGAUGGGAGUGCUAGUGGCAGUGCCAGCGACAAUGAGAAGACGGUUCACUAG